AUGUCUCAACUCAAAUCGAGGACACAAACAUCAUCACGAAAAACGCUCAUCAUUAUUGUGGUCUUGUUCUUCUUUGCGAACGGUGGUUUAUUUUUAUUUGUCAUCAAUCGGCGGUCUUCGGCUUCGAAUCUCUCCUCUGAUAAUGAGAUCCAAGAUGAUUUACCAAUGAUUAGUGACUCGGAUCUGCAUGAUAACUUUCCUUCGGACGAUACCAUCACCUUCCUGAAAAACCAAUUCGUUUCAUUGGAGAAAGAAAAUAAUGAAAAGGAUAACAAGGACAAAUCAACUAUGGAACAAACUUCCGAGUCGGAGACAAGGUCAAUCACACCGACCAACUCAAACACUGCUUCAACUCGAAUGGUUCCAAUGAAUGUUCUUGGAGAAGAAUUUUACCCAAUCACCAUUGCAACAAAACUCAAUGAAAAUGCUUGCAAAUUAUUGUAUUCUGCUUUGAGAAAUGGAAUCAAUUUCAAUAUUUUAGGAUAUGGAAUGGAGAAGUUCACUCUCUCACAAAAAAUUGACAUUACUUUUGAAGAAAUUGAAAAAGUGAACAAUCCAAAUGCCAUUUUGAUGUUCUUGGAUGCGUAUGAUGUUGUUGUAUUGCAACAUGCAGAAGCUAUUAUUUCAAAAUUUUUGAAAAAGUUUCCAGGUUACUCAGCGGUCUAUAAUGCAGAAAUGAAUUGUCAUCCAUUUGGUGUGGUUGAGAGUGCAAAGAAACGAUGGGGAGGAGAUCCGUAUUGUUUGAGUCAAUACCCACCAUCUCCCAAUAGAUUUCGAUAUUUGAACAGUGGAGCUUUUAUAGGUCGUCAAUCUGCAUUAUUGGAUCUGUACAAGAAAAUUCUUGCAUUGCCUCAAGAUAUCAAGGAUGAUUUAUUUGAUGAUCAAGGAAUGACUGCAUAUGUUUGGUUGACUCAAGCACGAGAUUAUCUCACUUUGGAUUACAAGGGUGAUUUGUUUUUAUCACUUUUGGAAGUGCAAGCUCAUGAAUUUCGAGUUCAUAAACAGAAUAAUCCACCUGAACGAAACGAAGACGUCACAGCAACACAUGCUGACUUUUGGUUGGAAUUUAACACUCAUCACAACUAUCCAGCAACUCUUCAUGGAAAUGGAUGGGGUAAAUGGACCUUAUUUUCUGUGGAAGCAACAUUGCCGUGGAAUUGGAAGUCUUUGGAUUUUACCAAAGCCAGUGAUUUUGUUUGGAUUAACGGAGAGAAGACAAGCUUCAACUCUAUUUGUUCCAAAUAUUAA